ACAUCAGUGAGCCGCUUCCUGGACUCGACAUACCUUGCGACGGAGAGCGGUCGGCACUUCGCGGCGCAGAGGACCCGAGUGUGAAUGGCCGUGGCGUCUCCGAGCGGCCGUGCGCCUCACAGGUGAGGGAAUAGGCUCCGGACGACUCGCCGCACAUGGGGGCCGAGGGCGAGAGCAUGCUGCAGCUCGCAGCGGAGGCUUUCCAGUCGAGAAACUUCGACCUGGCGGCGGACAUCUACGAGUGUCAGCUGGCGGGCGCCCGGGAUCCCGGGAGCCGGCAGGAGCUGAUGGUGAAGCGGGCCGACGCGCUGACAUUUGGGGGCAAACUCCCCGAAGCUCUGGACGUGUACCGGCAAGCCUCGGAGAUAGAGAGGCUGAAACCCGUCCACCUGGCCAGCCUCGUGGAGCACCUGUCGGCCAGCAUCCGGAGGCAGGACGCGGGCUGCGGCCAGGGCAGGGGCGAGGAGGCGGGCGCCGCGGCGGCAGCGGCGUUCCCCGGCGCCGGCGCCACGGGCUGCGCGCAUGCCGACUUCCACUGCCGGAUGUGUCUGAGCUUUCUGUUCGAGCCCGUGACUCUGCCGUGCGGACACAGCUUCUGCAAGAGGUGUCUGGAGAGGGAGGGCGGGGAGCGGGAGCGGGAGCGGCCGGUCGUGUGCAGGCAGUGCCGGGACAGCUCGCGCGUGGCCGACGUCCAGAGCUACCGGGUCAACGUGGUGCUCAGCGGCCUGCUGGCCAAGCGGUUCCCCGCCCUGCACCAGGCGGGCCGGCUGCGGCGGGAGGGCAACGGGCUGUACGCCGAGAGGAAGGUGGAAGCCGCGCUGGAGAAGUACAACCAAGCCAUACUGAUGGGUGAGAUGGCACCCAUGGACCACAUACUAUUCAGCAAUCGCUCCCAGAUCCACUCCAGUCUGAAACACUACAAAAAGGCCCUGAGAGAUGCUGAGGUGACCUGCAGACUCAAGCCUCGCUGGUCCAAGGGUCACAUUCGCAAGGCCCAGGCCCUGGUGUCGUUGGGCAGGACGGAGGAGGCUCUGAGGGAGUACCUGGUCUGCUUGUCCAUAGAGCCGGACUGUAGACUGGCUAAGACUGAGGCUCACAAGCUCCUCAGUCAUCUCCUGGCUCCAGUCACAGAUCAUGGCCCUGAGCACAUCUCAGACUACUCCAGCAUACUGUCUUCCAGAGCGCACGUCAAAAACGCCAUCAGAGUUCCCUUCCAGACUCUGAGUCCCAGCAUGUUGUCAUCAGAGUCCAGGCUUCCCUCCACUCCCCCUGCACAGAGAGACACAUCAGAGAGCGGUGAGGGCAAAGGUCAGGGAAAGCCCGAGGUCUGGAGGCCAGUCCUCUGUUUCCCCCUCAAACGGAAACGAAGGAGCUCAGAGGAGGAGGAGGCGGAGGAGCGAAGGCAGGAGAGGACUGACGAAAACAAGAGAUCCAGAUCUGAGCCAGCGGCGGCGACAGAUUCAUCGAACUGUGAUGGUGGUGACGUCUUGGAAGCGGCAGACCUGGAGUGUUCCCUUUGCAUGAGGCUGUUCUAUGAGCCAGUGACGACGCCGUGCGGCCACACCUUCUGUCUUCAGUGUCUGGAGCGGUGUCUGGACCACAACCCAAAGUGUCCACUCUGUAAAGAAGAGCUGUCUGAGUACCUGGUCCAGAGGCAGUUCUGUAAGACUGUCCUAAUGGAGAAGCUGAUAUCGAAAUAUCUUCCCACUGACCUCGUUGAAAGACAGAAGAUCCAACGGGAGGAGAUGGCUGAGCUCUCCAAUCUUAACAAGAAUGUGCCUAUCUUCGUGUGCACCAUGGCCUUCCCCACCGUGCCGUGCCCUCUCCAUAUCUUCGAGCCCUGCUACAGACUGAUGAUUCGCCGAUGCAUUGAAACGGGAACCAACUGCUUUGGCAUGUGUCUGGCAGACAACGUCAAGGGGUUCGCAGACUAUGGCUGCCUGUUGGAGAUCCGCGACGUGAAGUUCUUCUCCGACGGUCGCUCCGUGGUGAACACCAUCGGCAGACGGAGAUUUAAAGUCGUUCAGCACAGCGAGAGGGAUGGAUACAACACAGCAGACAUAGAGUACCUGGAGGAUGUUAAGGUGGAGGGUGUAGCAGAACGUGAGCUGGAGUCUCUGCACGAUGCGGUGUAUGACCAAGCCCUGGUGUGGGUCAACUCCCUGAAGACGGAGCAGAAGGAACGCAUUGAAGGACACUUUGGACCCAUGCCUGAGAAAGACUCUGAACUUCAGGCCUGUCCUAACGGUCCGUCAUGGUGCUGGUGGUUAUUAGCCGUUCUUCCGUUAGAGGGCAGGGCCCAGCUUCCGUUUCUGGCGAUCACCUCUCUGAAAAAUCGUCUGAGCGGGAUCCGCAAGGUGCUUCUCUUCAUGGCCCAGUGCAGGCACCGGUGACAGGCUCUCCAGAGGCGUCGGCCCACCUGAUUAAAUGCAGUCACCACCCUCCCUGCACGCACACGGCCCCAAAGCAGCAGUUGACCUGUUGUUCUUCCUUACUGAUGCACAAAAAAACUGAUGAUACAUUUUUUUUUGCACCUUCCCCGCUGUAACGGCGUCCACUUAAAAAAAGCCGCGCUGGAUUUCAUGUACACCUCAGCGGCAAAAAGAGAUGAAAUACAUCUGAUGAAACCGAUAUCUUCCAUGCAUAAUGUUCUCAACACACCACACACUAAACUAACCAUGCGCACUUGAGCCACGGUCAGACAGGAGGGGAACUGAGUUUCGGAAUCAUCAGCUUCCAUUUUGACAUUUGGUGAAAUCUGAUGUCAAUGCUAACGCACACGAGCUAAAUAUAUGUUUUUGUCUAACGUCCGUAUGUGCACAGCAACAUGCUGUUGUGCCGAAAAGUCUUCAUCUGUCCAUGAUUCAGUGUUGCCUUUCUGGCCCCUCCUCCAUUUUUUUUUGUAGUUCUCUGCUCUUCCUCUUGUAUACAUGUUGUGUGUGGAAUGACACACCAAAAAAAAAAGGGCAAAAAAAACGUCUCGAGAGCAUGCUUGCAUUCUUAAGAAACAGAGUAAUUCCCCACAAUAGCAGACCCGCCUGUCUCAUCAUAGCUUUAAAGCAAAGAUGAAGCAAAUUCCUCAGUUCAGAAUUGAACCUACUGCAAGUGGCACUAAUCGGUCUCCCCAUCCUGUAUGUUUUUAAAUGUACAUGUAAAAAGAGACCAAACUAUGGAUUUGCCUUUUUGUGUGUAAAUGCACUCGUAUAGUUGAGUGAAUAUUGAUAUUGACAUUGACUAGAUAUGAUAUCUUGUAUUGAUUGAAACUUUCAUAUGGAAAAGUAACUCAUCCGCUGAAUGAAAAAUGUGUAACAGUUCUGUCUUUCUUCCAUUUCUGUCUCUGCCUCAUCGACCUCAAUAACAAUGGACUGAACCGUUACAUUGGUAUGCUUCAAGGCUCUCCUUGUGUUUUACUCGAACAUUUGUUGCUUGUUGUUUUUUUGGUUUUUUUUUACCAUUAUUUAUAUUUAUCAUUAUUUAUGCAUGCAGUGACAUUGUUUACAUUUCACGGAGGGAGAUGCUGAGCUGCUCACUUUCCAAAAGCUUUUUUUAAACUAAUCUUUGACCCCAAACCGCAGCAAUAAUUGCAUGCUGACUCUGGGGAAAUGCCCAGAAGUUUUCAGAAUACUCACCGUUCACACAAUCAAGAGAGGGUUACAACAGGGAGCCAACAUGGCUGCCACUGAAAACUACACGGGGCACUCGAGUUGAGGGCAUUUCCCUCCCAGACAACCAAUUUUUUUCAUAAUGCGAGCUAUGUUCACUUUAACAUAUUUGAAUUCCCCCGUUGACAGCAGCCUCUCUCUGGCCGAGAUAUUUAUGAAGCUCACAAUGCAACAAGAAGUAACAACCAAGAUCUGGAUCUCUGAUACCAUAAUACCCGUCAAGAGAGUUUAUUCAGUAUUUAUUCUGACUUAUUUUGCACGUCCACUUUAAGUAAGGGAAAAAAAACUGUGUAUUUAUCUCCACCAUGGCAGGAGUCAGAAUACUUAAAUAUUUGGAUUACCGCAGAUUUAAGUUAAAUCUUCUGCUGGUUAAAUUGGUCACUAAGUGUACACCUAAAGAGCUACCUUUUUUUUGUGAGUGUGACUGAUGUUAUGCUAUUGGUAAAGGCUAGUGCCUUCUAUCCACAGAGAAUUAUGGUCCGGAACUAUUUAACGUGUAAAGUAUCUGUAUACUGUACCAGAUUCAUUUUACCCCUUAAAUAGAAACAUGCUCUUUUAAAAUGUGACUUAUUAUUUUUACGGGAAGGAAAUAACAAAAACAAAAGGAACAUAUUUUUAAGAAAACCCACAAACCUGUUUUUUUGGGGAAGGAAAUAUUGCUCAAAAAUAUUGAGGCCUUGUUGAUUGAUGUCUGUGACAUAACUGUUUCUACCCGGCGAACGCUCAUCUCUGAAAAAUGAGGGAGAAUGUUGAGCUUUGUCUUGAAAGUCUUUUAUUUUAUAUACAUGUGUUUAGAUUUUUUUUUCACGUUUCUAUGUCAAUCAGGUUCAUUGUAUUUUUUAAUUUUCCUCACUUGUGUAUUUGUCUCUUCCAUAUUUUAUAUGUAAUGGUGCAUGUAGUGUCAGGUCAAAUUGUCCACAUUUAUUAAUUUUGUUUUGAAAGGGCCAAAGCCUUGUAAUGCUGAAAAAUGAAACACGGAUAAAGUGUAAUACAACAUUCUUUAAAUAUUUUCCGACAAUAAUUUGUUGACAGAAUUAAUGCAUUAUUUGAGUGUUAUUUUAUUACAAUCAAAUGGUGGCAAUAUGGAGUCAAACAGCAAUACUGUAUAAAUACUGUUAUACACAUGCUGUUGUUUGAAGAGGCAUUUGUACUGACAAAACCACCCUGUACAAUAAUACGUACAAUAAUUGCCUCAGUAACAUAAUAUUAUAACUGAUAACUAUAAAGAAUUUAUGACAUUAGCUCAGACUGGGCAGGAAAGGGACAAGUCAUCGACCAAAUGUGAUCACGCCGUCAGUACAUAUCACAUAAAUUCAGAGACAGAUGUAUUUCCUGGGUGUGCAGAGGUAGAGAUUAUUAUUAACAAUUCAAAGUCAGAAGAAAAUCCAUCAAAAGAUGUACACCAUUAAACGGGCUACUCCUGAGAAAUAUUUUGACUUUAAGGAAUAGUUUGACAUUUUGGGAGUGAUUGAACGUGAUUUUUUUUUGUUAGAUUAUGCUAUUAUCUUUUGGUUUUAGUAAGGAUUAACCAAAUGUGAUACACGUGAUAAUUCAUGUUUCCCCCCCACUUUGACUCAAUGCCAAUUUAAUCUAACCUGCUGCUGGCUCCGGGUUUUAUGUUUAGCAUACAGACAUUAUGGGGGUUUAUGAUCUCAACACCUCCGGUUGGAAUCAUUGACCGCGACAAUAUAACAACAACGCAGCUGUACUUUUUGUUUUUGUCAGCCAGCUAUGCAACAACAGUAGGCUCCGGUCAUUGGCGUGACCUUUCAGAAUUCGACCACUGACCUUUCGAAGAAGUCUAACUACCUCUGGUACCCUCCUUGAGCACUUGUGUUUUAAAAUGACAUUUCAGAGUCUACAAAUAUAUAUAUAUAUAUAUAUAUAUAUAUAUAUAUAUAUAUGUGUGUGUGUGUGUGUGUGUAUAUAUAUAUAUAUACAUCACCAGUGCUCCAAAAUGUACUUCUUGUUUACUUUCGUGCCUGUAUUAAAAACGCACCUCACAUUUGUGAAAGAUCAUGUCGCCCGUGAAGAGAUUUCUUUGUGAUACGUUCGAUGUUGAGCCCAAAUAUGUGAAGUAUUUGAAGGUUUGCUUUGUUUAUUCCUCCCUGUCAAAUUGAACAGCUUCUAACAAAGAAAGUCCAAAUCGAACCUUCACCGACUCAACAUUCUUGCUUUUUUUAACUAUUUGGUCUCAGAGAUCUAGAAAAAUAUUUUUAAUAACCACCAAGCGUUUCUGACAUUUUCAAAUAUUCGCACUGAUUUCAAUUGUUACAUUGCCUGAUUCUAAACUCCCGUAGCACUCCUCUUAAUGUGUCUGGGUGAAUUCACAAGAUGAAUGUAUGUAUGUCUUGAGGGUUAGAUUGAUUGGUUUUGAUUUUUUUUUUCUGUACACGUCUGCUUUUUGACAGCAAAACUUUAGUAUGCAUUACCUUUGCAGAAAGUACGGUCUGAAGCUACGGCUUGUGAAUAAACCAAAAGGUUUGUGUUCAUCACCCUGCACGGGAUGGUUCGAACACACUGGACUGGA